CUCAUCCUCAUUCAGCCCUUGAGCCCUUGAGUCCUUGAGCCCUUGAGCGCAUUUACCUACGCCUUUGCCAGUCGCAUGGUGACUUGCAACCAUCAGACCAACAACAACUCUAUGCUACUUGUGGGGUGGUGCGAAACAGGAAUCGUCGUUGUUGACCUGGCUGUUUUGGGUGCUAUUUUCGGGUAUUUAUUUACCAAAUACUCCUGCUGAAACUGAAACACACAAAAAAAAAGGGCUGCUUUUCGAGUCUAGAGACGAAAUCUCGAGGACAUUCCUACACCCCCUUCCCACUACAUAUCUCUAAAGUGUGCAAGGCAAAAGGCAAAUUAAUUAGACCUCCUAUCUAGAUAGUCUGCCAGCGGAAAUCUACAGAUUAGCCUGCCGGAACUCACGGCAUGGCCUUUCUUCCUGCUCGAUCUUUGCUUCAUCCAUACCCGGAACCGCUACCCCCUUACACCCCUCGACAAACAGGGACUUUUGACCCCGAAACCUCCUCUAUCCAUUCUAACGCCCCUUCGUACGUCUCUGCGGUCCCGUCGUACUAUUCUGGGUCCCAUCCAACACAGAACAGAGGGAGUGAGUCCGGGGCAUUACCCAAUGUCAGCGAUGUGGGAAGAAACCAGAGCUCCUCCAAUGCCCCAUCCGGAUCCGGAAUCCUCUCCUCCCAGCAAAAUGCACCGGGAUUCGGGGGCGUAGCGGCGACGUCGUCUUCCAAUGACGACCGGCGUCGAUCGAACAAUAUGACAAAUUCCCACCUGCACUCUCUCUACAAUGUUUCAGACUGGGUGCCCGUAGCGGGCGGGUUGCAGUCACGCCAUUAUCACAAUGUCGCAAAGCGGAGAGCGUCGGAGGCUUCUCGCUGUGACAAUAUGACCAGACAUAUAUUCCCCCCCCUGUUGCGGGGGGUAUCUGAGACCAGGAAUGGUGUGAAUGAACCCGAGGCAACCUCCACUCCGCCGCGCUCCUCAUCUCUUCUCUGGGCAGGCAUGGCGGGCUCUAGUCUCCGGAGUUCAUCGACCAGCAUUCUAGCCAGUUUGCACGAAGAGAGCGUCGUGCAUCCCCGUCCCCACUCGCCUCAGCAGAUGGAUUCUGGAAAUAUCGCGGGAGUGGCGUCCAGCCAGACCGACCUUGCUGCUCAGCUGCCCGUUUCCCCCCACGAAGACCCUGAUCUAGUGGGCGAAGCUGCGGCAGCAAUGUUCCGCUCACAGCGCCUCUAUAUAACUUACCAGCAGCAGGAGAACUAUAGUGUCGGGGCGCAAAAUGUCUCCCUGGCCACUGGUCGCCCUCACCAACCGGCCUCGGCGGGACGUGCUAUGCACCAAUAUAGCUCUCUCAUCACUGCCGCAGAGUCAGCUACCCCUACCUCUACGCCUCCGCAAGAAGAGAACCCUAGACCCUCGACUGCCCCCAAUGCGUCCACUACGCCCACCACAGAGUCAGAACUUGAUAGGCGCGCUCCUCAACAACCGCAACCGCAAGCACAGCCACAAGAACAAGAACAACAAGAAGAACAAGAACAGCCACCACCACCACCACUGCCACCAUCCGAGCGCCAAGGGACAACCCCACCCACCACCUCUUCCACAAUCACCACAACAACAAGGCCAACAAGACAAUACAUAGACGACGAUGCCCUCUGCGCCCAGGAAUCCAAGACAUGGGACUUCAUGCUAGCGCAGAUGGCCGACUGGGAGGAGCGCGAACGCAGCUGGAAGAAAUUCAAGGACGGGAUGGACAAGAAGUUGAAUUCUGGAAAAUUGGGCAUGGGGAUAGGGUUUGGGAUUGGGCUUGGGCUUGGGCGUGGGCGGGGGUCGUGGUCGAAUUCUGGAUCUAGUUCCGGUGGUAAUGGUGGUGGUGGGAAGGGGAAAUUGAAGAAGGCAUCAUCAUCGCAUCAAUUUGGGCAUGAGAAGAAAUGGAAGAGGAGGGUUGGCUUGGCUUCGUGAUUUCUUUUUUCUUUUUUUUCUUUUUUUUUUUGUUGUGGUGAUUUAACUUAUAUUUUGGUUUGUCUUGUUUGAUUUGUUUCUGUGCUGUUCUGUCCUGUCCUGUCUACUAUAAGUUAGUUGAAGGUGUAAGUUAAAAGUAGCAAAGCAGUAACUACUCUGCUAAUGUGGAAAUUGUCAUGGCUCUGACAACCUCAGCAAGGCCCCCAGGCGGGAGAUUAUAUAUCUAUAUCUCUCUCUUUUCUCUCUCUUUUAUUAUGGAAAAACCAACUUUUCCUUCCAUGCAAAAAACACUAAUAUGACCUCACAUGAUAUCACAUGCACCUCAUCAGAUUUA